AUCCCCUCAAGGGACUUCUCGUCGUCCUCGCCAGACGAGGCCCUGGCCGACCCCGCACCUCAGCCCCCAUCCAUGGACUCCAGGGCGCACCAGGAGCUGCUCCGGAGGCUGGCGGUCAACCUUGCGGUCCAGCACGAGGAGGUUCACGAGGACUUAGAUCCGAUGGUGGACAUCAUAGCGGCAGCGGGCCCUGGUCGGGUGGCGCUCCCACUGAAUAAAACGGUGGACAAGCUGUCUAAAACCCUGUGGCAGACGCCGGCCUCUAUUGCACCGACCCAGAAGGGGGUCGAGAGACGAUACUAUGUACCCCAGGAGGGGCAUGAGUAUCUGUUUACCCACCCGGCUCCGGGAUCCAUAGUGGUUCAGGCCGCUGGGCAGAAGGAGCGCCAAGGGCCUCCAGGCCCCACUCCAAAGGCAAAGGAGCCUAGGAGAUUUGACCUGCUUGGCCGGAAGGCCUAUGCCACAGGGGGCCUCCAGCUAAGUAUAGCUAACCAGCAACUGAUGAUGGGGCGUUAUGCUUUUAAUAUGUGGGCGUCCACGCAAAAAUUUGCCAGCCAGCUUCCUCCCGAAUCCCGCCAGGAGUUCGAGGCCUUGACAGAAGAGGGGCAAGCAGUGGCGCGUACCUCUCUCCAGGCGGCCUUGGACGCAGCUGAUUCAGCAGCCCGCACCAUGGCCACAGGGGUGGUGAUGAGGCGUAGUGCCUGGCAGGUGUCUGGCAUCCCACUCGAGGUGCAGACUACUAUCCAGGACCUGCCCUUUGAGGGGCCGGCCUUAUUUUCAGAGCAGACUGAUUCCAAGCUGCAUAGCCUGAAAGACUCAAGGACAACCCUGAAGUCGCUAGGGAUACAUACCCCGGCGCCUCAGAGGCGCUCUUUCCAGGCUAGGCCCUACCCUAGAAGGGGGCAGAACAAUGAAAGGGGUCACAGGAGAGGCUGCAACAAUCGCCGCCCUGACCUUUUCAGGGGCAGGCGUAGGGGGCCUCAGUCAGACUCCGAGAGAAGUUCAGGGCUGUCCCCCGGUCCCCAAGCUAAGCCCUCAUUUUGAAGGUACGCCAGAGAGCAGAGUACCAGUAGCACCUAUCUGUCCGCCCUUUGGGGACCGUCUUUCCCUUUUUUUCCAGGGAUGGUUAAAGAUCACAUCGGACCGUUGGGUCCUAGACCUGGUGAAGCAGGGAUAUACUAUCCCCUUCCUUUCUUACCCUGCCUCCCAUCCCCCAGCCUUGUCCCUUUUCAGGGACCCCUCUCAUGAGAUGCUCCUUCGGCAGGAGGUGUCCAACCUGUUGAUGCUAGGGGCCAUAGAAAGGGUACCUCCAAACGUAAGGGGAAAGGGUUUCUACUCCUGCUACUUCCUGGUACCCAAGGCAAAAGGGGGUAUGCGUCCCAUACUAGACCUCCGAAACCUGAACACCUUUAUAAGGAAGACGAAGUUCAGGAUGGUGACGCUAGCCCGCAUCAUGCCAUCGCUCAGAAAGGGGGACGGGUAUGCUGCUCUCGAUUUAAAAGAUGCGUACUUCCACAUUUCAAUUUUUCCAAGUCACAGAAAAUUCCUCCGGUUCACGGUGGGGCAGGAUCACUUUCAGUUUACGGUCCUCCCCUUUGGACUGUGUACGGCCCCGAGGGUCUUUACCAAAUGUAUGACCGUGGUAGCCGCGUUCCUGAGGCGGCACAAGGUCCAGGUGUUCCCAUAUCUGGACGACUGGCUCAUAAAGGGCAAGUCUCGAGAACAGGUACUGGACCAUGUCUCGAGGGCCAGAGCUCUGUUCGAGGGCCUCGGCCUCCUCAUAAACGAGGCCAAAUCACUGCUGGAGCCCACGCAGGUCAUAGACUUUGUGGGGGCCCAUCUGGACUCGCCUAUGGGCAACGCGUCCCUGCUGAGAGACAGAUUUUCGACCAUUCAAUCGCUGGUAGUGGGGCUGCAGGAGUUCCCGACUACGACGGCGAGGACCUGCAUGAGGCUGCUAGGCCACAUGGCGGCGGGCACUUACGUGGUCCAACAUGCCAGGCUACGCAUGCGCCCAUUGCAGGGGUGUCUCAAGGUAGCGCAUAACCCCUUGAGGUCGCUGCUGGAUGCGGUGGUAACUAUCCCCCAGGAUGUCCUGCGCUCGCUGGACUGGUGGAAGGACGAGAGCACGGUGUGUGCGGGGGUCUAAUUCACUAAGCCGUCCCCGUCGGUGCAGCUGGUCACGGACGCCUCGGACGUGGGAUGGGGCGCUCACCUGGGCAACCUCAGGACACAAGGUAUGUGGUCGGCAGAGGAGGCUCACCUCCAUAUAAAUAUCAAGGAGCUGCAGGCGGUCAGGUUGGCCUGCAGGGCGUUCCUUCCCCACUUACAGAACAGAGUGGUGGCGGUGCU